UAUACAUAAUUUGCAUAAAACCGCUGAAAUAUCACACUCGCAUUUAUUCGCACCAAUAAUGCAUUUUAUUGGUUUUCCCUUCAAAAUUUGUCCCAAUCCCUUUUACCGCCAUGACUCCUCUAUCGCAGCAUUGUAGGAAGUUGAAAGAAUUGAAGUUUGCGGGGACAAAUACUGGCGUGACAAUCAGUGACAUGCUUACGGUGGCACAAUUCUCACAACUGGAGGUUCUAGUUGUGAAUGAGCAGCCAAUGUUUGGAGAUGUGACUCUGAGACUAGUUGGAAGAGAGUGCCCUAGCCUCAGGACUCUGAGCUGUGUUGCGUGUCACAUGGUGACUGAUGCAGGGCUCUCCUGUCUCUCCACCUGCCAGAGACUCUCCGACAUCAACUUCAGCUACUGCCCUGUGACUGACCAGGGCCUUGCUGCUGUGCUGAAUUCUGAGACAAGGAGAGUGUGCAUUAGAGCCUGCCAUGGUGUUACAGAUGACUGUAUUGCCCUGAUGGGCAGGGUCUGCCCCAGACUGGAGACACUAGAUGUGUGUGGCUGUCAGCUCUCCCUCUCUGACCAGUGCCUGCUGCCUCUGCAGGACUCUCUGCAAUCCGUCUCUUCACGACACCACAACUUCACUCUUAUGGCUGGAGGUUCAUCCAUUGGGGAAGAGGCCUUGGAGGAGUUUGCAAGAGUCACUGGUGCCAGUGUUAGUCUGACUGACCUCUCAGUUCCCUCUCUCUCUGCCGACUAUGUCCCUGACGAACUCGACUACUUCCAAUUUUUGUCAGAAGAUGAGGAAGACUGGGACCACGAGGCCACACCCCCUCCUGCUCCAGAGAGAGUCAGUCCCCUCCCUCGACUGGAGGCUCCAUCCGUACCAGUUCUCUAUCCUCACCGAGCACAGGAUGACUAUGGAGAGAAUGACCAUGGUGAUUUGGAUGACUUCCUGAUAGCUGACGAUCCUGCCAUGUUCAGUGAUGAGUUCUCUGGUCCUGAGGAUUGGGGAUUUGGAUAGCUAGAUCCCAGACUUUGUAUGGAUGACAAGACUCCUCUCAUGCAUGAAAAAAGUCAUUUAUCACUAAAGCAUAGUUGUCACCCGCCAGUCAUCAGAUAAAUGUGUGCCCACACUACAUGUAUGUAGUUUCAAAUACCUCACUCUGCAUAUAAAUACCACAAUAGUAUAUAUUAUAUGAACCCACGUAACCUAGUGUGAGAAAGCUGUGCUUGUGACCUAUACCUAACUGCAGCAAGGAAAGUUCACUACAAGCUACUUCAUCAUUAAUAGUAAUCUUGUGGCUGGUAGCUGAGUUGCAUAAUUAAUUGUCAUAAUUCGUUGGUGCACACAAGCAAUAAGCGAGUAAUCUCACACAGGUAAUUGAAGGGUUUCACACACCUAAGAUUAAGAUUUUGAAAUAGUUUCUGUUCAA